AUGUCUGACCAGUCCGUCCAGCAGGAAGCACCUCCAGCCAAAUCGUGCGGCGAUAAACUCACCGGAGCUCUUCUGAAGCACUGGACGGUACCCGAUAAGGUUCGGUCCGAGGAGCAGGACGCAGCCGAGAAAUAUCUGCUAACUGCUUAUCUCCUUGGCAAAUACAUGACGCUGCCGUGGAUCACCUUCAGUCGGUGGUACCUCUUCUUUGCUAGUUUCAUGGUGCAAUUCUGCAUGGGCUCGCUCUACUCCUGGUCCGUGCUCAACAACCCCAUCGACAUGCUCAUUUACGGUGACAAGAACAAAGGGAUGGCGGUCAACGCUUUUUACAUCGCUGUGGGUGUCUUUGGCACCUCAACGGCCAUCAUGGGCCCGUGGAUCGAGCGCAAUGGUCCUCGCGCCGGCGUCGUGCUUGGUGCAACGUCCUUCUUCAUCGGGUGCGGCAUCAGCUGCAUCUCGCUGCACGCCAAGUCGAUUGUCGGUCUUUACGUUGGCUAUGGACUAUUCUGCGGAUUUGGCAGCGGUCUGUGCUAUAUUUCGCCCGUGUCGGCCCUGCAGAAGUGGUUCCCAGACUAUCGUGGUGCUGCUGCUGGCUUUGCCGUCGGUGGUUACGGUGCUGGGUCCGUGGUCUGGGGCAAAGCUUACCUCCCGAUCAUCGAUGCAACUAGUGUUGCCGACUUGUUUAUCAUUAUUGGAGGCGUCAUGGUGGUCACACUAUACGCCUGUGCGAUCUGUCUUCGCAACCCCCACUUUACCUUUUGCACUGGGGGACUCAACAUGCACGGUGAAGUUGUCCGAGAAGUAGAGGAGACUUCCCAGCGCAGUGAGAAGCUGGGUGUCGGUUCUGCCUGCGGGUACGAUCCGGCCACGACGCCAGCAGCCCGUGAGGUGGAGGGGACAACCGUUGUGAAGAUGGACGGCGACACCAACUCGCAAGUGAAGAAGCUAACACUUGUCCAGGCUAUAACGUCCCCUGACUUCAUCUUCCUGUACAUUAUGUUCUUCGGCAACCAACUCUACGGUCUGAUCGUCCUGUCCAAGCUCUCGACUAUGUGCACAACACUCUUUGACAAAACAGCCGACGAAGGCGCCAAUAUCGUGUCCAUCAACGGUGUCUUCAACUGCGUUGGUCGGCUGCUCUUCCCUCUCAUCUCGGACCUGGUUGUGCGCAGAAGUAAGGUCGAGCACGCUUUUGCGCGCAAGUGCCUCUUUUUCGUUGGACUGGCCUCGCAGAUCACGAUCAUCGCCAUCUUUCCAACGCUGAUUCGCAACGAGAGCUACACAGCUUUUGUGGCGCUCGUGUUCUUGCUCACGCUAUCGUACGGAGGCGGAUUUGGCACAAUCCCAUGCUUUCUCACCGACAUGUUUGGUGCAUAUAACAUCGGCGCCUUGCACGGCUUCAUCCUGACGGCAUGGUCGUUGGGUGGCGUAGCUGGUGGGCUCAGCUUUAAUGCUGAGUACAACUUGGCUAUCAAGAAUGGCGAUCAUCCCGAUGACGCAUACGUGGACGGUAUUUACAAGAUCCUCGUUGUGGUGUGCAUCACAAGUAUCUUCAUCUUUAUGGUACGCACGAACCCGCGCGACCGAUUUGAGAGGGGCUACCACUACUCGCUGUUUGGCAAACGCGUGAUCAGCAUAUUGCCCAAGGAUUCUACUACAAAGGAGGAAGGUCCGCUGCCGAGCGACGCAUGA